CGACACCGUCACGUAUUCUAGAUGAAGGAAUUGCCUUCACUUGGCUGGCUUCGUGUUCAUCAAUCGUAGAGCCAUCCAUCCAGAGGCAUGAACCAGUCAGUGUCCACACAAGAUUCCACACAAGAACACGGCUAGGCCUGCAGCAAUGUUCACUCCUUGAGCGGCUUGAGCCCCACCCUCUUGCGGACUUCGUUCCACUCAGACACAGACAGACCAUCUGACACACGCACACACACACAGAGAGAGAGAGAGGCAGUGUGUCAAGGUACAUAUGUACGUUUGUGUAUUGACAAACGGUCCUGACCUUUGUCUUUGCCCUUGGCCUUGUCGGCGUCCUCCUUGCCCUUGCCCUUGUCCUUGUCCUUCUUUCUCUUCUUGCCCUCCCUCUCGCCAUCAUCACGCCGCCUGCAGACACAUACAACCAUACAGAAUGUAGGACAGUGACACACCAGUGGCGUCUCCUGGCGUGGCGUGUUUACCGGUCCCUGUCGCCCCGUCGGGUGUCGCCUUCAUCCUCAUCCCGCCUGCUGCUGCGGAAGCUGCGGUCGCGGUCGCGGCUGCGGGACCUAAAGUCACACACACUCACGAGGUGAGCUUGUCUGCUGCAUCGCCUCUCUGGCUGGCCAGCAAACCUGUCUCUGUCUCUCUCCCGUCUGUCACGGUCGUCUCGGUCCUAAGCACAUCACACACAAGAGAGGGGUCCCUCCGCGGCUGUGGUAGUUGAGUGUGUGUGGUUGGUACCCUUCGCCUGAGCCGUUCCUCCGAGUCGUCUCGGCGGCGGUCCCUAUCGCGCCUGUCGCGAUCCCUGAACCAACGGUUGCAGCACAUGUUGUCUUAUGGCAUGCCUCUGUGUGUGUGUUAUAGUUGCCCACCUGUCUCUGUCCACAUCCCUCCUGCUGCGGUCUCGGUCGUCGCGCUCACGACGGUCACUACCAGCAAACACAGCACACGAUCCAGGACUGUCAGUCAAUGCGCUCCCUUGCCUUGCGUCUUUCUCCUCUCUGCUUACCGGUCUCUAUCUCUAUCUCUGUCUCUGUCUCUGUCGGUGUCCCACGGUGUGCCCCUCUCACGCAGGUCCUCCCCAUUGGCCCGGGCAGCGUCACCGAGCCGCCGGUCCUCAAACGGCUCCCCUGAACGAACACAUCAAGGAAUCAGGAACUCCCUCCUGUACUGUGCUGUGCCGCAGUCCUGCAGGUGUGUCGUUAUCAUCUGCUAUAGGGCUAGCCUACUUGGUCGCUUUGGUGGUUUUUCGUCUGCCUCCUGCUCGUCCAUGUCCAUCUCCAUCUCAAGGUCGGCGUCCAACACUGACGGACAGACAGACAGACAGACGGGCACGGACGUCUCUCUCUCUCUUGUGGCUUAUGUGUGUGGCUUAUGUGUCUGGCUUGGCACUUACGUGAUGCCCUCUCCUUGAGCUGCCCGCCCUCCUCGAGAAUCUUCACACACACAACGCAACGCAACGCAACACAACGCAACGCAACGCAACAUUGUGCGCGCAGGCAUGCCAGACUUUUUUCGUUUAGCAGGUCGCUCACCUGUCUGUUCUGGAGCUGAGGGAAGUCGACGUCGAGCAGGUGCUCCUGCCGCAGCAAAUCGUCGACAAACUCAUCCAUGUGCCGCACCGUGAACUCUGACCAACCAUCACACACAACGAACGAUACACACAAAUGACAGACAGAAGUGGGCCCAGCAGCUGUCUGUGUGUGACGCUGCUCGUGUGUGUGUGUGAGGGCGCGCACUUCCGUCAAAUCCCCGCAGUCUCAGUUUGCGGUAGUCACUCAGCAUCGGCUCCUGCGACACACACACACACAGAGGUCGCGAAAGUCACUCCGUGGACAGGUGAGGGGCGAGACGACGGGCGCGAUGAUGCUUACGAGAUUCGAAUAGACGUCCAUUGCCGUUCCAGUCAACCGCCUGCAUCACACACACAGAGAUACCAGCCCGCGUCUGUCUGUCUGUCUGUCUGCGUGUGUGUGUGUGGUUACAUACAGGUAGAAUGCGCCGAGUGCCCUGAGGUAUUUGAAUUCCUCGUUCCUGACGUACUCGAGAACGAUGUCCUUGUCGGGCUGUAUCUGCAGCAGCUUGAGCACCAGGCAGAUGAAGGGACUCGGCUUGCGGCUGCCGCCGUACGUCCCGCCAACGUACUGCAGCUCCACCGCCUUGUCCACUAUCGUCUCAGCUGAAUGAAUGAUGAAUCAAUGAUCCACACACACACAAACAGACAGACAGACAGGCAGGAAGGCACACCAUCUAUCUGUUGCUCGUGUGCGUGUGCGUGUGUGUGCGUGUGUGUGUGUGUGGCGUACCGGUGAGGCCGAAGCAGUGUUCCUUCCAGUAUUGGUUUUGGUAUAUCUUCAUACGCACGAUGCGCGACACCAGGAACUGCGGAUUGGUGCCGUGCACCGUCUGGGCGCUGGGAUCUGUGCGAUUCGCCAUCCUGAAGCCGCCGUGGACCCUUCUCCAGCAGCGGACCCUUCUCGCAGCGGUUUCAGUAAGCACCCUAGGACC